AUGGCGACAGGGGGUAGUGGAGGUGGCGGCGGCCGAAUGGUGCGGUACGCUGUGGGCCUCCCCAUCGCGUUCAAGCUCGGCCUGGACCUCGGCAACCUUGUGUCGCCUCUCCAAAGCCACUACCUCGAAGAUGAGAAAGAAAAGAAGACCGACGUGUGGAACGCGGUGGGCAGCGACCUCGUGGAGCAGGUCAAGACGAGCACGCCGCUGCAAGCGCAGCUCGGGAGUGAACCCGCCUCACGAGUGCAGGUGUCCGAUGUGCUCUCCCUCAGCAAGAGCCACCUCAAGUGGCAGUUCUUUACGCACUGCUCGCCAGACGACAGCAAGGUUCCCCUCAAGACCCGAAGCAAGGGUGCGAGCGAUCUGUCCCUCGUGGUAGACACUCACAACGACGGCCGCGGCUGGAAGGUCGACAACGCCUGGGUGGAGACGCAGGGCGAGGGUGCUGUGUGUGUUCCGCUGACGCCACCGCGCCACGCAUGA